CGCUACAACCAUAUACCAGACUUACGUCUACUUCUUGUCGAAUCUCUCCUCGAGUACGCGCCAUGGCGAUACUCCCAUUACACCCAGGUCUAGAGGUGACUAUUGCCGUUGAUGGCAAACAGUCCAAGGAGUACAACGCUGGCUCGGAUACAACCGUCAACAAACGAUUCAUUGAGGCAGAGACCGGCAAGACAUUUGGGGUCAACAUCCGGUUUUCGCCACCUUUUCCUCUACGCUAUGCGGUCGCAGCAUACGUAACUGUAGAUGACAAUCUGCGAGAGAACAAAAUCAUAUGGGCGAAAUACCUCUACUCCCCACAGGGAUUUUCCAUCGAUGGGGUAAACUACCAUGUCAAUUCUCGGGCUUAUCUGAAGCCAUUCCGCUUCUCGGUUCUCAAGAGCGUGGAGGACAGUGGUGAGCCGCUGACGGAAGAUGAUGUCCGCAAAUUACAGUCAGUAGGCAUCAUUACUGUUGAACUUCUAUUCAUUGAUCGAGUCGUCCCCAAUUCCGCGAAGCCUCAGGAUAUACUCGUUGAGAAGAAAGCAUUGGGAACGUACAACGAGAAAGCUGCAAAGGGAAAUGUUAUAUCGCAUGCCGCGAGCGAGGCCCAAUCUACCCAGGAAUACGAUAGGAUAAGUGGCAUCCAAUACGUAGACAGCAACAUACCGUUCGCCACCUUCCAUUUCCAUUAUCGCUCCCUGGAAGCAUUGAAGUCACUCGACAUCGUUCCCCGAACCCCUGAUCCGCCAAACCUGAUGGACGUCGACGAAGAACAUCUUCAGACACUUGAUCGAACUGAUCUGCAUCGCAUGAUACAUCACUGGCAACGACAAGGCAGGGCUCGAUCCUCCACGCAGGAUGGCGCUCUACAGGAUGAAGGAAGACAACAGAGAUCUCAACGGGAGAUACAGUCGAAGAAGUCUGCCAUCAAGAGCGAGGGAUCUGACUCCAACAUCAAGACAGAGGAUAAUAGCGAACAGCCGACCUCUCGACCUUCAAAGCGCCAGAAGAUUGGAAAAGAACGGGUCGUGGAAGGACGUAUUGUCAUCGAGCUGGACUGA